ACCGGGCAAGGAGCCGGUUCCGGGGGGGCUGCGGAGCGGGAUCGGGGCUCGGGGGGGCCGGGACAGAGACCUUCCUCCGCUCUCCCUCCGGGGCUCCCCGGGAGCGGCUCCCCCCUGCCCCCAGCUGUCGGUACCCGCCGGGAGCGGCUCCAAGGCCCCGGGACCGAGCCCGUCCCGUUCCCUCCGCAGGCAUCCCGCAGGAAGAGCAUCCUCGUCGGGCACCACACCUGAGCAGCACCGCCUCGGCCCGGGGGUGGCACAGGGACCAUGGCAGCCGAGGGGCUGCCCGCGGAGGACCCCAGCUGGGAGCUGGAGGCCUGGUACCAGGAUCUGCAGGAGGUGCUGGCAGCAGCAGAGCCCGGGGGGCACUGCCCGGCCUGGGGGGCAGAGCAGACACAGCUGGCACUGCCAUGGGGCACAGAGAUGCCUGCUGAUGCCCCUGAGAUCUGCCAGCUGGACACAACCCUGCUCACUGAGCUGCUGGGUCCGGAGGGCACAAACAGCACCGAGCCAGCAGCAGCAGCUGGCACCACCUGCCCUGCCCGGCUGGGCACCGAGGAGGAGCAGCCCAGGGGGGCAGCGGUGCCAGGGGGGCUGAAGAGGAGGAGGAGGAGGAGCAGCAGCAGCUCGGAGGGUGCCAGGCGGCAGGGGCAGGCCAGCGAGCAGCUGGUGCGGGAGCUGCGGGCACACAACCAGCGGCUGCGGGAGGAGGUCGCCAGGCUCAGCGCGGAGGUGGCUCGGACCAGGGCUGCCCUCAUCGACCGCAUCGUCAACCUGCGCCGGGCAUAGCGCCGGGCACAGCGCCGGGCACAGCGCCCCCCAGCGGCCGCUCAGUGCCCCCCAGCGCCGGGGGGGGGCGGGGAAAAGGACUCUGCGGCCUGUCCCCCACCCACGCACCCACCCCCCGUGGACCUUGGCGCGGGGGGGAGUCAGCUAGAGACUGCAAAGGGCAGUGCCCAGCUGGCACGGACUGAUGCCACAGCAGAGGGUGGGAGGGGUCCUGUGGUUUAUUACACAGCAGUUGGCACCA